UCUCUUCAUAACAAUCAAAAUCAUCCCUUUUUCCAUCCCCUGCAUUUUUUUCACAAACCCUAAAACUCACAAAAUCUUUACCUCUGAAUUUCAUUUCCUUCUUUACUGUCACUUCUUCUGCUAUAUCUCUUUCUCCUCCUACGACUUUCGUUUCUUUUUCCUCCACACUGUUGGAUUGAUUUCAUUUUAUUUACUGUUCAAUAAUUGUGGCACAAUGCAAAACCCUCUGCUUUUAUUGUAAUAAAUUUUUAAAUUCAAUUGAAAUUCGGUUAAUUGUUGGUAAUUUUUGAAGGAUUUAUCAAGGUGAUGUUCAAUUGUUGAAGAUCUAUGAGUGAAGAUUAAUUUUGAGAGAGAGUCAUUUUGUAUUGAUAUUUGGAACGUGGGGUUUUGGAUCGGAUCAGGAAAAAAACAGCGCCAUUAGAUGGCGCUGUUCAGACGCCUCUUUUAUCGGAAGCCACCGGAUCGGCUUCUAGAGAUCUCCGAGAGGGUCUAUGUGUUUGAUUGCUGCUUCUCCACGGAUGUGUUGGAUGAAGACGAAUAUAGAAUAUAUAUGAAUGGCAUUGUAGCUCAGCUACAGGAUCACUAUCCCGAUGCUGCUUUUAUGGUUUUUAACUUUAAAGAGGGGGAAAGGAGAAGUCAAAUAUCCGAUGUGUUGUCUCAGUACGAUAUGACAGUCAUGGAUUACCCGCGGCAAUAUGAGGGGUGUCCUUUGUUACCGCUGGAGAUGAUCCACCACUUCUUGCGUUCCAGUGAGAGCUGGUUAUCGCUUGAGGGUCAACAGAACGUGCUCUUGAUGCACUGCGAAAGGGGAGGAUGGCCUGUCCUUGCCUUCAUGCUUGCAGGCCUUCUUUUGUACAGAAAACAGUACACUGGUGAGCUGAAGACUCUCGAAAUGGUAUACAAGCAAGCUUCCAGGGAACUUCUUCAUCUUUUAUCUCCAUUGAAUCCACAACCAUCGCAGCUCAGAUAUCUUCAGUACAUUUCUAGAAGAACUUUUGGGUCUGAUUGGCCCCCACCAGAUACUCCUCUGGCUUUGGAUUGUAUAAUACUUAGAGUUCUUCCUCUCUUUGAUGGCGGAAGAGGAUGCCGACCAAUAAUUCGUGUCUAUGGUCAGGAUCCUUCUUCAAAAGUAUCCAGUAGAACAUCAAAGCUUCUGUUUUCAACUUCCAAAAAGAGAAAACAUGCCCGCCUCUACAGACAGAAAGAAUGUGCUCUAGUAAAAAUAGAUAUUCAACACUGCGUCCAAGGAGAUGUUGUCCUCGAGUGCAUCCAUUUGGAUGAAGAUUUAGUGAGGGAAGAAAUGAUGUUUAGAGUUAUGUUCCAUACAGCUUUUAUCCGAUCAAAUGUUUUGAUGCUGACCCGUGAUGAUGUUGAUCUUUUGUGGGAUGUGAAGGACCAGUUCCCGAAGGAAUUCAGAACAGAGGUGCUCUUUUCUGAUGCAGAGUCUGUUCCAUCUAUUAUCCCCAAGGAAGCAGUAAGUGAUGAUGAUAAUGAAACAGAUGCUUCACCAGAUGAGUUUUUUGAGGCAGAAGAGAUCUUCAGUAGUGUAGUUGAUGGGUCAUAUGGGAAGGGAGAAUUUGAUAAUCGAACAACUGAAGCUACCAUUCAGGAUGAUGGAAACCUUGAAGUAGAUGGGAAAGAGGUUUUGGAUCAUCAUGCAUUCCAGGACUGUAAUUCAGAUGAAGCGAAUAACAGAGACAACAGCAAGGGUGAUGCAAAUAAAAAUUUUCUGAUUGCAACAGAUGCUUUGGUCUAUAGGAAUGGUCAGUUAUAUUCUAGAGCGGAGCUUGCUGAUGUAGCCAGUGGUACAGAUAUCAAAGAUGUAGCUGGACCACCAUGUGGAAAAUCUGAGGAAGGGGAGGAUAAACAAAGCCAAGAAGAUGCUUCUGCAAUUAAAAAAAUGACAGAAAAGCAAGGUUUACAGCAAAAGUCGAAUGGUGACAGUAAUAGACAAAAGUCUGAGAAGGAACUGUUGACAUCCCCAAAGAAACAACCAGUUUACACUUCCAAACCUGAGACAGAUGCAGUUGUUACUAAACAAAAAUCAAAACCGCAAGAAUCUCAAAGCACUCUUCAAAGGUUGGCAAAGCCAAAUGCGGUAUCUCGGUGGAUUCCUUCUAACAAAGGUUCAUAUAUAAAUUCUAUGCACGUGUCAUAUCCACCGUCUAGAUAUAAUGGUGCUCCAGCUGCAAUAGCUCUUGGCAAGGAUUCCCAGCCUGGGGUAAAAGCAAAGGCCUCACCAGCUAGUUCUUCUGAAGCUACAAUUACGGUGGAUGAAACUUCUGCAGUGGGCGAGGCACCAUUAAAAUAUCAAUCUUGUUCAUCAUCACUAGACUCGGCACCAACUGGAAAAGCUUCUUCUCCAAGUUCUCUGGUGGAAUGUAGAGUCCAGGAACUUGAUGGCCCUCAACCGAGUCAACAAGUUCCACUAUCUCCCCCUCCCUCUCCGCCUCCAUUGCUACCCUCGUCUAGCUCUUCAUUAUACGAGUCUUCCUCAACAACCCAGCCAAUUGUACAGGUAGGAGAGCAGAAUUUGCUCAAUCUUCACUCGUCCCUGCCCCCACACCAACCAACUCAUGCAGCAUUUACUUGUUCCACACCACCCCCAUCGCCGCCGCCGCCACAGUCAUCUACUAAUUAUGCAAAUUUUUCUUAUUCACGACCACCAUAUUCAGACCCUCCACGAUCUUAUGGCAGAGCAGAUGCUACUAAAUCACCGCCACCGCCACCGCCGCCACCUCCACCUCCACCUCCACCUCCACCUCCUCCUCGUCCUAUGUCUGCAAGCUCUGGACUGACCACACGGGGAAGUUUUUGCCCACCUCCUCCUCUACCUCCAUCUUCCAUUUCUUCUCUGUCUCAAAAUAUCAGUAGAGUUUUGUUGCCUCCACCUCCCCCACCCCCGUGGUCAGUUGAGAGUUCUGGUCCUGCACCUUCUGCAGCAUCAGAUUUUCCCUUUCCUCCAUUCUCCACGCAAAGGUCACUUUCUGUUGGAAAACCCUCUCUGCCUCCAACUCCAGUUCUGCCUCCUCCUCCACCUCCGCCUCCACCUCCCAUGCGUGGUAAUUCUUCUCUGCCUCCAUCUCCUAUCAGUCAUGGUGUUUCUCUGCCUUCACAUUGCACUCCACCUACACCACCACCGCCGCCGCCCCCACCCCCACCUCCUCCUCAUGCUGUUGCGCAGCCUACCCUGCCUAUUUUGCGUGGUGGCGCUCCACCACCUCCACAUCCGAUGGAUGAAGCGCCACUUCCACCUUCCCCAUUGCCUGGAGCACCACCUCCACCACCCCCCAUGCAUGGAGCUUCACCUCCAACUUUCCCAUUGCCUAGAGCUCCACCUCCACCUCCACCUCCACCUCCACCUCCACCUCCACCUCCCCUCAUGCGUGGAGCACCACCUCCACCUCCCCCUCCUCCGAUGCAUGGAACCCGACCUCCACCCCCUCCAUUGCCUGCUGGUCCACCUCCUCAACGUGGAGCACCACCACCGCCUGCUCCCCCUAUCCGUGGGGCCACUGCUCCACCUCCACCACCUCCUCCCAUGCAUGGACCACCAGCUCCACCACCCGCUCCUGGAGGCCGUGUACUGGGUCCGCCUAGACCUCCAGGUGUGGGACCUCCCCCGCCUCCUCCCUUAGGAGCUAAAGGAUCUGUGGCAGAUGGGAGAGGCUCAAUUGCUGGUAGAGGGCGUGGGCUUUCUCGUCCCGGGAUGUCAACUGCAUCAGCACCUCGAAGAUCUACCUUAAAGCCACUACACUGGAGCAAGGUAACGAGGGUAUUACAAGGAAGCUUGUGGGAAGAAUUGCAGAGAAAUGGAGAACCUCAAGUUGCACCAGAAUUUGAUGUGUCAGAACUAGAGACUCUUUUCUCUGCCACAGUCCCCAAGUCAGAUAGUUCUGGAGGCAAAUCAGGAGGACGUCGGAAGUCUGCUGGAUCUAAACCUGACAAAGUCCAUCUGAUUGACCUGAGAAGGGCUAAUAAUACGGAAAUCAUGCUCACAAAGGUGAAAAUGCCACUUCCUGACAUGAUGGCUGCUGCACUUUCAAUGGAUGAAUCAAUUUUAGAUGCUGAUCAAGUAGAAAAUCUUAUAAAGUUCUGUCCUACUAAAGAAGAGAUGGAACUUCUCAAGGGCUACACAGGCGACAAGGACAAUCUAGGGAAGUGUGAGCAGUUCUUUUUGGAGCUGAUGAAGGUGCCACGGGUGGAGUCAAAAUUAAGGGUUUUCUUAUUCAAGAUUCAAUUCAAUUCUCAGGUUUCGGAUUUUAAGAAAAGCUUGAACACUCUGAAUUCUGCUUGUGAAGAGGUUCGGAAAUCCCUCAAACUGAAAGAAAUAAUGAAGAAAAUUUUACUUCUUGGGAACACAUUAAAUCAGGGAACUGCCAGGGGUAAGUACAUUAAUGUUCAGAAGCUUUCUUUAAGUUGAAUUUUCAGACACUGA